GUGGUGCGCAUGCGCGGCCGGGGUGCGGCGGGGAGAGGGCGCCAGCGGCCGCAGCCACCUUCCCAUCCCCGCACUCAGGAGAGGGUGCUCGGCCUGUCUCGGCGAGGCCCCAUACUGUCCGCGUCUCCUGAGGCUGGCGGCGGUGGCGUUCCGGCCUCCCCGGGGCUCGGAGAUCGCCUCCAGCCGGCACCGGUGGGGAAGGGACGGGGAGGCCCCGCCCGUGUGAGGCGGCGGUGGUGGAGGCUGCCGGAGCUCCGCAUCCCUCCGUCGCCGCCUUACAGCGGCCUCAGGACCGACCCUGCUCUUCCCUGUUUGGCCUGCGCACUGUGCGAGGCUGGCACUCACCCGUGCUCUCUAGAGUGGCCCAGGCGUCCGGGGGAAGGCUGCCGCCAGCGGGCCGUUGCCGCCAUGCCCCAUCUGGGGUUUCUGUCUCCUGCGCAUUGUGCUCCCUCUCAAAUUUGCGACCUUAGGCUGUAAAUAGUAACAAGACACACAUAUGUUUAGGGGAGUUUUUCCUUGUAUGUCACGGGACGAUAGAGUAUCAACAGGCAGAGGCCUUCAGGGCAAGAAGGACACAAAACAACCGAAACCAUGUGACUGUGAGCUGUGGUUCUCAGGAGUUUUGCUUUAUGAACGUGCUGACAGAUGUCAUUUCUACAUAGUUUUGAAGCUUUUUAAAUUAUUACACAGAACCCGGCAAGAAGUUUUUAAAAACGAUACCAGAGCCCUUGAAGCUGCAAGACAAAAGAUAAAUGAAGAAUUCAAAAAUAACCAGGAUGAGACAUCUGAAGAGAAGAUAAAUGAGCUUCUGAAAAUGGCUUCAGAUGUUGAAGUGAUUCUCAGAACUUCUGUUAUUCAGGCAGUUCACACUGAUUCCGACAAAAUAUGUGUGGGUUUCUUUCUAUUACAGUGCUUAUACCCAGGAAAGAUCUUCUACAAGACAACACUCCUUACAUUGAUAAACCAACAAAAAAGCAUGAAUCCUGAGGAGAACAUGCCCUUCCCUGCAGAAGGUUAACAUCCUGUAAUGAGAUCUCUGAUAGCCAAUAGUGGAUACCAUUUUUAAAACCUAAAUUUUAAAAACAGUUAACUAUCGUUAUCAGGAAAACAGACACUGAAACCAAGUCACUGAUUUAAUUGUGUGCUGUGAUACCAUCGUGCACUUUUGUUGUGGAAGAUACUAAUAUUUCCACUGAAACCUAAGUCACACGGUUCCCUUAAAAAUACACUGCUGUUACUUCAGACAGGAAUGUUUUUAAUUAUGACAGUUGUAAGACAGAGAUUAUUUCCUAGAGUUUUUCAAAACUAAACACAAAUUAAAUACAGUUCUUAAUCCUGGUAAAAUUCGUAAGUCUAUUGUAAAUGAUAUGCUGCUUUGAAGUAAUGAAAAACCAUCUUGUGGCACUUAGCAUUAAAUUUAUGCUUUGCACCAAAAAUGUGAUUUCUGAGGCUGUCAUUAAUUGUACACUAGUAUACUGUAAUGUUUGAGAGCAUUCGUAAGGUCUAUCUGAAUAAAUUAUUCAGGUUUACGGA